UCCAAUGGGGACAACUGGUAAGAGAUGACACAGGGGAUAUCAUGACUGAAUGGGAUAUCAUGAGUGACUGUGCUUGCCACUGAGUAUAGACACAUGUAAAAGGAUAAGUAUUCCACAUUUUCAUUGACAGUAAAAAAUUUAACAUUAUACCUCUUACAGAAUAUUGAAAAGGAUUGCACGCUGUAAAAGAAAAUGCUGUUUUAUUUCUUAAAACCUCUGUAUUUUCUACACAGGCUUGAACGUGCCUAGUAGUAAAAACUUUACUUCCUUCUUUCUUCAAUAUUUUAUAGGGAGAAGAAAAGAAAACACUUGAAAAGCAUAUUCAUCCUCCUUUAUCUCCAUCUUCUGUUCCUGAGCACAUGAAGUGCAACAUCCUUACAGCUCUACCAGACCCAGCCUUCAGAAUGGGUCCCCAGGCUACAAAAGAGGAACCAAGUCCUGUAGAUUUCUGUAAGAGUCCAACGCUCCAGGAUGCUAAUGUAAGGAGCCCGGCUUCCCUUCGAGCUGAGAGUACACAGUCCACUGGAUCGUCUUCAAGCAAGCAGGAAGUCAGACCUCCAAGACUGAAGAAACUUACAAGACAAUUUAGCUUUAACCACAGUGAUGAAGACGAUCUUCCUCCUGCCCUGGCUGCAGUUGCUGCUGAAUCCGCUGCUGAACAUAGAGCUGCGCUUUUGCAAGCUUCAAAUGGACAUUCCCAGUCUUCGUCUGUGGAAAAGAGUCCCUGUAAAGCUAGCAGUUCAUUUACGCUGGAGCCAGGUGAUCUACUGAUGGAUUUUACAGAAGCCACUCCAAUGAUAAAGACAUACCCAGCUGAUCCAUGUAAUUCAUUUUUCGAUCCUUUUACAACAGUGCAGCAGUUUCCUAUUGAUUUAUUAGAAACUCCCAUGCAACAAUACCCUGCAUCACAGCCAUCCCCAAAGAGAUUGUCACCAUCAGUUCACAUGAUGCCAGGGACAAGGUCUACGGUGAACCAAGCACAAACUACACAGAUGAGCCAUUCGUCGCACAUGCAAAUGGUAGACAGUUCAGAGGCACUCAGGCGUGAACUUGAAAGAGAGAAGAUGAUGAAAAGACUCUUAAUGACAGAACUCUGAAAAUUCUUGUGUUCACCACGGACUAGGCCUGUAUAGUGCCUUGUGUCUUUUUUUACAUUCCACUGUGUUCCUAAGGCAAUGCAUAUCUAUUCCAGUGCAUUUUAUUUACUGGGCCAAAACUAGUGAUGCCAGACACUUUGAGGCAUAUUAAGAAACCAGACUUUGCAUGGAAACAGAAGAAAA